AUGGCAACCCAGCAACCACCGCAUCAUUUUGAUCCCAUUUUUUGUCCCAGUCAACAUCUCACAUCUCCGGUCACCCGACCUCCGCCGCCUUCCCGCUGUUUAACCGGCCGCCCUCGAUGCCACAACCUCGCCCUCCCAGCCCACCCCUCCCCUCCCUCAGACCUCCCUCCCAACUGCAGCCGCAGUCCCGAUCCACGCCCUGCCAUGCUGCGCGCCACCCGCCACCUCCUUCGGCGCACGCGUCUCCCCUCGCGCCGUCUCUGCACCCCGGCGCGCGAGCAGCUAAGCUACGACGUUGUCAUCGUGGGCGCGGGCCCGGCCGGUCUCUCUGCCGCCAUCCGUCUCCGCCAGCUCGCUGACCAAGCCGACGAGGACCUCUCCGUCUGCGUGCUGGAAAAGGCCGCCGAGGUCGGCGCCCACGUCCUCUCCGGGAACGUCUUCGAGCCGCGCGCCAUGGACGAGCUGCUGCCGCAGUGGCGCAAAUCCGCCCCGCUUGGCGUGCAGGCGGCGAACGACCGCUUCGUUUUUCUCACGGAGGACAGGCAAUUUCCGUUGCCCACUCCGCCGCAGAUGAAAAAUCAUGGCAAUUAUAUCAUCAGUCUGUCAGAGAUGACUAGGUGGCUCGCCGAGCAGGCGGAGGAAGCCGGCGUGGAGGUUUAUCCUGGCUUUUCGGCAAGCGAGAUGUUGUACAAGGAGGAUGGCAGUGUUAGGGGUGUAGCGACCAACGAUUUCGGCAUUGCGAAGGACGGGUCCAAGAAAGAAAAUUAUCAGCCGGGGAUUGAAAUCGUCGGCCGCGUUUCGUUGCUGGCCGAGGGCGCGAGGGGCUCGCUGACAAAAGCGGUAGAGAGCCGCUUCGGCUUGAGGGAGGGUAAACAGCAUCAAACAUACGCGCUCGGGCUGAAAGAGGUCUGGCAGGUCGACCCUGCCAAGCAUGAGCCGGGGAAGAUUGUACAUUCAAUUGGGUAUCCAAUGGAUUUACAGACAUACGGAGGGUCUUUUCUAUAUCAUAUGACAGAAUCUAGGGUCGCUAUAGGCUUUGUUGUUGCCCUGGACUACGAAAACCCCUACCUCUCCCCAUUUCAAGAAUUUCAAAGAUACAAAGCUCACCCGUCCGUGAGGCCUUUGCUAGAGGGUGGCGAGGUCUUGCAAUAUGGAGCACGGACGCUUAAUGAGGGUGGUUUGCAGUCCAUUCCUAAGCUGGAGUUUGAAGGCGGAGCUCUCAUCGGGUGUGCUGCUGGUUUCGUGAACGUGCCGAAAAUCAAGGGCACCCAUACUGCCCAGAAAAGUGGUAUGUUGGCCGCAGAAGCGGUGUUUGAAAACCUCAAGGAAGGGCGCGACUCAGCUCAGGGGUACGAAGAGCGCUUGCGGCAGUCUUGGGUUUGGGAUGAGCUCUCGGUGGUCAGAAAUAUCCGCCCCGGCUUCAAGUAUGGGCUGUUACCGGGCCUUGCGAAUGCAGCUCUUGAGUCGUAUGUCACACGUGGGCGUUCUCCUUGGACAAUUUCGCAUGGUCAUCCCGACCAUCUGGCGACUAAACCAGCGAGGGAAGCAAAACAGAUUGAAUAUCCAAAGCCGGAUGGCAAGGUUACCUUCGAUAUCCUUACUUCGCUAUCAUUGAGCGGCACGGAUCAUGACCAUGAUGAACGCUGUCAUCUUGUCCUAAAAGACGACAGUGUUCCGGAGAAGCUCAACCUCCCGCUGUAUGACGCUCCUGAGAGUAGAUUUUGUCCUGCCAAAGUGUAUGAAUAUGUGGAGAAGGAAGCAGGCAAGAUGGCUUUGCAAAUCAACGCUCAAAAUUGUCUGCAUUGUAAGGCAUGCGACAUUAAGGACCCCUCCCAAAACAUUGAAUGGACAGUUCCACAAGGUGGAGGUGGCCCAAAAUACACAGUAACUUGACGCAGUAGAAGGAAAUAGGCAGUGACAGAACUGGACUUCGAUUUCCGCGUCACAAUGCUCUUCUCGCUGCCAUUACAAUAUGCACAACCUUGUCAAAAACAAAUCCUCUAACAAACGAGUUCAGUUCCGCAUGCAACACAUGUUGAUGUUGUUUGGGCAUUAGUCAAGUCAUUUUACAUAAAUAUGUACAGCACGGUAUGUAUA